GACAAAAUGUCAGGUGUUCUUCAAAAGAUCUGCAGCAUGGUAUUUCUUUUUUGGUUUAUGUGGGAUCUAACCAACAGUAGCUUUGUAAAAAAUCAUCUUCGCUCCAGUUUUAUUCAAAGGAAAUUAAGUGGGCAAGAAAAACGAGAGAUGCAACGAGAGAUUCUGUCCAUCCUGGGGUUGCCUGGAAGACCUCGGCCACCAAGUGGAGGUCAGUUUCCUUCAUCGGCCCCACUCUUCAUGCUGGACCUCUAUCAUGCUAUGUGCAGUGAAGAAGAGGACGAAGGGGCACAAGGAGUAUCUCGGGGACUGUUUACAACCUUAAGCACCCAAAGUCCACCUCUAGGAACGGUGAUUACUGAGGCUGACACUGUCAUGAGCUUCGUCAACAUGGUUGAAAACGACAGAGAUAUUUUCCAGCAGAAACCAUACUGGAAGGAGUUUAAAUUUGACAUGACUCAAAUUCCAACCGGAGAAUCCGUAACCGCCGCGGAAUUCCGACUUUUCAAAACGCACAGUUUUUCCCGGCAUUUCAAUCGGACACUUCAUAUUAGCGUCUAUGAGAUAAAAAGGGAGCAUGCCAACAGGGAACCUGACUUAACCCUUUUGGACCAAGAAGCUAUACUGGCAGGAGAUGAAGGGUGGCUGGUCUUUGAUGUCACAGCUGCCAGUAAUCACUGGUUGCGGAAUUCCAAGUAUAACUUAGGACUUCGCCUGUACGUGGAGACUGAUGACGGGCAAAGCAUUGAUCCAAGUUUAGCAGGCAUCUUAGGGAGACGUGGGCCUCGCUCCAAACAACCUUUCAUGGUAACGUUUUUCCGUGCCAGCCGUAAUCCUACCCGAUCUACGAGGGCAGUCAAGCAGCUUAAAAAAAGGCAACAGAAGAAAAGUAAUGAUUUGCCACAUCCAAACAAGCUUCCUGGUGGGUUUGAUCACAUUCACGUCACAGAUAGCAGACAAGUCUGCAAAAGGCAUGAAUUAUACGUCAGCUUCCGAGACUUGGGAUGGCUGGACUGGGUGAUUGCUCCACCAGGGUACUCUGCGUUUUACUGUGAAGGAGAAUGUUCAUUUCCUCUUGAUUCAUGUAUGAAUGCCACUAAUCACGCCAUCCUACAAUCACUGGUUCAUCUUAUGAAGCCAGAAAGUGUACCCAAGGCCUGCUGUGCCCCGACAAAGUUAACUGCAACCUCUGUCCUGUAUUAUGACAACAAUAAUAACGUGAUAUUAAAAAAGCAUCGGAAUAUGGUGGUAAAGUCAUGUGGAUGCCAUUGACAAGGCUGUCGUAUGCAUUCCAGCUAAAUAGACUAAAGAACCAUGAAGCUAAGGCUGGGAAAAUACCUGUGAAUUAUUAUAUUUGUCAUCCAAAUCAGUGAAGCAUUCUGGCCUAGGCCCAUUAGAUCUAGAGCGGCAGGUCCAGGCAGGAGGCAGUCCCUCUGCUGCCAAACCAGGGGAUAGAUUACCUUCUCGGGACGAUCAGGGCCCUCGGUAUCCCACUGCUCAAUGAGCCAGUUAUAGGGGAGAUCUCCUCAACUCUCUCAUUUGCACUAUGGUGGCUGUGCCAACUCAGCACAGCCUCUAUAGUCUGCAUUAGAAGGUGUGCCUUUUAGGUCAGUGCAAACUCCGACUAAGAGGGGGUGGCUGGGGGCACUACCCUAGGUCGGGCCAAAGGCAGCAAAGAAAGUAAAUGCAUCAAGGAUCCAAACAUUACACUAGGCUUGAAGCCCAAUUCAGUGGUUGGAAAGUGUUCCCAUUGAAAUAAAUGUAAGCACUUUCGGAACCCUCCCCAACCCGCGCAGGAGCUGACUGUCAUAUGUCAAUAUCACAUGCAAGCCAAAUUUGCAUUUAUUUGCAACCGGCACCACACAUCAAUUUAAAGGGACCACUCAGCUAUCAUAUGUGUUAAAGACAUAGGUAUGUAAAAGUUUGUCUUGUUUAGAAAAUUUGGAAACUGACAUAUUAUUAUUAAUUUGUUCAGGACGGCCAACUUCUGUGCUAUUGUCCAAUACCGACAAUACUGGUACAAGAUUCUUCUAAGAGAAGCAAUAUGCCUU